AUGUCCCAUGAGUGUACAUGAUCAAUAUGGAGGGUACAUAUGGCCACAACAUCUCAUUUUCAAAGAUCACAAGCUGAGAGUUUUGCCUUGCAUUCAUUUAUCACCAUGCAGGGAGUUCAUCAAUUUUCCGGCAAAAGUUGCAUUCCAAUACUUUGAAAAUUGAAGGUUAAAAUUUCUGUACGCACAAGGUAAGUGUGUGAGUUUCUUAUCGGGAUUUAAAAUUUAAAAAAUAAAUGAAGUUCAUCAAUUUCAGAUGGUGAUCGGUUCAAAGGCUUUAUAUUGUCCAUCCUUUGAUGAGAUUGCAUGUCCAAUCACGCACUGAUCAAUAUCAAAUGAUCAUAAUUUUGGGAAGCACAUGUGAUUAUAUUAUUAAAGGAUAAAAUGGCACCAUUUGGGACAUAUAUGCAACACAAAUUCUGAGUGUGAUGGAAUCGUGUGUGUGAUUGUGUGAAACAAGAGAAAACCAUCAAGAAGUGAAGAGUGAGUUUGUUUAUUUUAUCAUGCAGGGGAAUUAAAUUGACUUUUUAACCCGAGGCCUUUAGCUUUCCAAGACAUCAACAUUAUUUUUCUCUAUAAGAGAAAAAAAGUGAAUCAAUCAUAUUAAAAUUGAAAAAAAGGAGCAUUCUUUUUAUCUUCUAAAGUGGGAACGGUACAUACCUCUUUUACUUUCUUAUACACUUUCCCAAAAAUAUAAAAUGAGAAAAAUGUAAUCUAAAUAAAGAUGGAAAAAUUAAUUUGAGAAAAAAAAAUAUAUAUAUACAUAAAGAAGACUUAAGUUAUGAGUGGAAAAUAAAAUUAAAAAUUGUAUUAAGCUACCAUCACAUGUUGUAGCUUAUUAGGUUUUUUAUUUUAUUUUAUUUGUUUAUUAUUAUUUUUUUUCUAGUUAUUGUUAGAAAUUGAGGCAGCACUUCAUGUUGUCAUAUUUUUAGCCAACACCAUGACUCCAAAAGAAUAGUAUAAUGAUAAAAGGCUCUUAUCUUAAAUCUAUACACUUUUCUAAUAUAAUUUUUAUUUUUUAUUUUAACACCACAUGUUGUAUUAAGCAAUUUUCUACUGCCCAUAUAUCUUUUUUAAACAAUUAAACAAUGGAUAAUGUGGAAAACAAAUUUAAUAGAUGAAAAAAAAAAAAAAUGAAAUUCAUAGAAUUUAUAAGAAAAAUUACGUAAAAUGAGAGAAUGAUCACGCGUAGCUCGUGUGCAACUCUAAUCUAAAAAUAGAAAAUAAAAAAUUCCCAAUUGCCACUACAACAUUGCAUGGUGACUUGUCACUUGAGUCCUAUGCUCUCUCUCUCUCUCUCUCUCUCUCUCUCUCUCUCAAAUUCGGUUCUAAACUCUCUUUUGGUCUCAACUCUGAUUCAGAAGACGACUCCAAAACCCAUUCUUUUGUUGCUUCAACAAAAUUCGCAAGAGCCUUCCUUCUCACUGAUUUCGAUCUACUGUCUCAAUAAAUGAAAUGGAUGGCUCACCUCAGGCCACAGAAUCUCUCUUCGCUGUCGCGACUAAAUCAGACAUUGCAUCAACUGGUUUGGUGCCGAGUGGUUUGGUGCCGAGUGACGAUCAGUGUUUCCUCCUAUAUUUCAUCAUGGGUAUCUACUUUGGGCCUGAUCUCAAAGGAGAAAGCCCUCAAAAGUCUGUCCUGCAAAGACUUGCCGAGGGUCUUCCACCGUAUACUUCUGAGCAACUUACUGGUUCCCACAUGAAAACAUUAGAAGUAGAGAGGAUAUACCACUAUGUACUAAGAAAGGCAGAUCAAUCUUUAAUAGUGAAACUACCUUGGCUGAACCAGUUCUUUCAUGGGAAUCUCCCUACCCUCGCACAAGACUCCAGUUUUGCGUACCCUCAGUUUCCUGAUCUGUUUCCUCCCGCACUUCAUCCCCAUUCAAUGUUCAAAAACCGGUAUAAAAUUAUCCAAAACAUCGUAUUCAUUAACAACCCUGAAAUCUUUUACAUUAAGCCUGAGAAUGUUGAAAAGUUUAAGAGGCUAACCGGGCUAGAAGAUUUCCUUUUGGAUAGAGAUGGUGCAAUGCUGCACAAUCUUGUGAAGGGUGACAUGUUAUACGACGUGGCAAUUCAGGAGGUUGAAUCUAAUGGAGAGAUGCCUAACCCAAUGCCUGGUCAUGGUCCUAAUAGAACAGAUCACAUAAAUGACAUUCCUGAGCCCAAAGAUGGUCUGCAAGAUGUACAUGCUGUGAAACCUAUCAGUGGACUACAUUGUAAUGGGUUACCUAUGACAUGCAGUUAUAUGGCUCCAUUGCCGACUGAAGUAGACACUACGCUUGUGGAGAGACUCGAGCCGCGUAUGAUAUUUCUUCCUUCUCAACCAACCAUGGAAGAAUGGGAAGACAUUCUAUCUGCAACUAAAAGUGGAUCUGCACUUACAGGGAGUGCAGCAAUGGGGCAGAUUGGACCAGUUAUUGGACUUAUUGACAUUGGGGAAAGUGAGGAUUCCUACCUGUUCCGCGUGUCUCUUCCUGGGGUGAAGAGGGAUGAAAGAGAAUUUUGUUGUGAAGUUGAAAACGAUGGCAAAGUACUGAUAAGGGGAGUGACAACCACAGGUGAAAAAACAGUUUGCCGGUACUCCCAAAUGUUUGAAAUGCAAUCUCAGAACCUCUGUCCGCCGGGCCACUUCUCCAUCUCUUUUAGGCUGCCAGGUCCCGUAGAUCCUCAAAAUUUUUCUGGUAAUUUUGGUACUGAUGGAAUUCUUGAAGGAAUUGUGAUGAAGGGUCAACAAUGAAGCGCUAGUAAUUAAGCUCGUGUUAUGGUCCUGAAACCUUUUUCCUUAAGCAUCUAGUGAUGUAUAUUCAAUUAGAAUUGCUGGUUUGUAAAGUUCCUGUAUUUUUUUUUUUUUUUUAUCUUCAUCGAUGUUCUUGGGGAUACUUGAACCCUAUACCUUUCACGUUGAAAGGAGAGGAUACCACUAGGCUACAGGCCUUGGUGGUGGUUUGCAAUGACCAAAUUAAAGUAUUAAAGUUCUGCAGCA